UCUCUAAUUUAUCUUUUUAAUGAAACAUUUUGGUAUUUAUAAUAACAAUAUGGAUAUAAAGUUUAAAUUCAUUUUCCUAAUUUUUGGAAUGAAGUUUAUUGGAACCGUUGUGUGUGCAUGUCCGUCAACAGUACAUAAGGAUGUCAAAGGGUUUGGACCAGAUUGUAAAUACAGAUGUAAUUGUAAGAAUAAUGACCAAUGUGAUGAAAAUGGAAUAUGCCCGCAAGGUUGUUUGUAUGGAUGGAUGGGACCAGCUUGCCAAUACCUUAAUCAUGCAUUAACAUCAAAGCAAGCUAUGCAGAGUGGAAAUAGUCCCUUUUUGGGACACUUCGCAAUAGAUGGUGAUGCAAGUUCAUGUAGUAGGACAAAUCCAACAGUAUCAGAACAAUUAUGGUGGAGGGUCGAGCUAAAUUACAAGCUUUAUAUAACUGGCCUUGUUCUCAAUAUACCAGGUUCAGCAACAGGUGUGUUAAUUCUAUAUUAAGUUCUAAAUUUGUAACUACAGUCAAAUUGCAAGAUUAUUUCUUCAUUGUGGCGGCGUUGCCGAGUGGUUAACGUCUGACUAGUAAUCUAAGUAUUGCUAGACGCGUGGGAUAUGGACAAGCCCUUGUUUCCC